AUGGAUGACAACAAUAUUCGUAGGAGGCAGAAUGAACAACCAGUUCAUCCUGCUUCAAAUCAGAGAUACCCCCAACAAUCGAUCCAAGAUCCUGCGCAGCAGCGACGGUACGCGACUUCAUCAUCGGCCGACAGCAGAUACCGCGCGGCACCUCUGAACUCUUCCCCUGCCGGAACAGCUCGGGGCAUGGGCGGUUCAGCAGGUUACAGCGGUUACUAUCAAGACUCCACAGCAGGCGGAUUCCCAACAGGGACGGCCAUGCCACAAUCAUCAAUGUCUUCCUAUCAUCAGUCCACGACUGACUACGGUCAAGAUGGACGGCAGACGCAAAACUUUGCGGGCUACAACACAGCAAACAUGAUGUACAAUGUACAGUCAGCUAGCGCUCAGAACCCUGGCGUAUAUGAUACGAGCCAGCAGUCGUUCCAGAGGCAGCCAACAGCAGCCUUGCAGAUGAUGGCAGCUGACGUUGCUAGCGCAAACCCAUACUUUUCUGGAGAUGCGUCCAACACGGGCACCGCCUCCAUGCAGGCCCAGGGCGCAUCCUCAAACACGUCCUCAGCGGUCUACCAAAACCCAGCGGAUAGGAACGCCCUUCUCGGAUACUCUGGCAAUAUGGCCAGCAUGAGCGGGCUGGCGUCGCAGGCGGCUGGUGCAGCAGCGGCGGCGGCAGCACCGGCAGCAGCGACGGCCGAUGUCAGUUUGGAUGAGCAGGAGUACCCGGCCACCAGCGGGUUGGACGAGGCGUACGCAAGCUAUCAGACUGCGCUCAAGGAGAUAUUCCAAAAUGUGACGAAUGGUAUUCUUCAAGCAGCCAGCGAAUCCCUUCUCAACGUGUCCGACUGGCUUCUGUCACAUGUCACAGAACUUGGAUUAACGUCGGACGAUCAAACCCUGUACAAUGACAGGAUAAAGCUCUGGAAUGACUUCAAUCACGCCUGGUUAUCACUGCUUCAAAAGCAGAAGGAGCUGAUGGAAUCUGGACAGCAAUUGCAGCGGAACCAGACGCUUAUAAACAAAGAAGGCUUAGAAAAAAUGGCCAAGGAGCUAUUGAGACUUUGCGAUCAGAUCGAGCGCCACGGCUUGGUGGACUAUCAAUAUGGAGUAUGGGAGGAGCAAAUCAUUGCGAUUCUGGAAGAAUGUGCGGACUUGUACGGUUCAGGGGACGAUUCUAAUGGAGCGUCCGCAACCUCAACCUCUCGCAGACAGUAA